AUGGCAGACUUUUCAGCCUGGAUAGAGCAGAACAAAGGGCUCUGGACACGCGUGUACGAUGAGGUCAUUCAACCUGAUCUGGAGAAAGAGUGGAAGAAGAGGGAAGACAAGCAUAACAAGGAGUUAGAGCAGAAGGAAGAGAACCAGCAGAUACUAUUCGAACAUCUAAACGAUGAGAUUUUGAAAACUGCCCAUCUUGCCAAGGAGAAUGCGCAACUCAAGGAACAGCUCGAAUCUUCCGGUCAGAGCUACCAGGAUGCUUCUAGGAUUGGCGCCUCAGGUGCGUCCGAGGAAGAGUAUCGCCACCUCGUCGCCGAGAAUGAACAGUUGAAGCAACAACUCAAGGCGCUUGAAGACACAGCUCCUCCGUCGCCAAACCAUGAGACUUCCAAGGAAUUAAGAACGAACGCCUCCGAAGAGGAACAUAAUGACCUUGCCGAGCGAUUUAGCGAAUUGACCAAAAAGUACCGUGAUAUGUCUCAUAAAAUCAAGUACCUAGAGAGGAAGAACGCUACUGUCAUGCAGAAGAACAAGGAUAUGAAAGAAAACGUGCGCGCAUGGCAAGAGUACGCGGAUAGACAAUUUGGAAAGCGAAAGGCAAAGAGUGAGGCUAGAGAGGAUGGCAAGUCUGACGUGGCUGCUGUUCACCUUCUUCCUGAGGACCGACCUCACAUGCCCUCCAGUCCAGGCUCUACAGCCACUAUCCGCACGCCUGGAUCACUCGUCAACCCGGAUCGCUCUUCUCCUGCUGCUUCGACUUUGUUGCCGCGUUCAGUCGUGGGAACGACAAAUCGAUUGGCCUCCUCGACGACGGCUGGUGGAGAAGAUGCCCAGAGUCCGACCACGGCCAUCACUCCAAAGGCUAGCAUUCGGCUAGAGGAUGCCCAGCAACAUGAGCAUCAACAUGACGAUGGCACCGGCCUCGGUGUCUUAUCACACAUUCAGCGGAUGAUAUCUGACCACGAAGGCCACCGUUCAGCGAUUCCAAGCUCUAGUCAGACAACCGUAGAUGAACCCGAACAGUCAAGAGGCAUAUUCGAACCGGCCGUGGACGCAGAUGAUGACGACGUUCCCCAGUUUGUUUCUGAGCGAUCGCUAAAACGAAAACGAGAGCAGCCGUCAAAAUCAAGGUUCGAGAUAUACGCAGAUCACUCCUCAGAUGGCACGCCGGUAAAGCCUCAUCGAGUGAAGGAAGAGCCGCAGAGCAGUCCACCAGUUUCCAUCUUGAUGAUGGCUCGGACUGAGACGGUGGAUCUCGACGAUCCUGCGCCCCAUGGACUCAAGACACCGCGCCAACCUCGAACGCGACUCUUGUAUGACGAUGAUGCUGCAAAAAUACCUCGUCAGCAUAGGCCCGACAGCGCACCGCUAACGCAAGCCAUCAAGAAUGAGAACCUGGAUAACACUGAUCUGCUUGGUCUCUACGGUGAGACGGGUGAUCCUCAAGCUGUUGGAGGCAUCCAAGCAAGGGCUAUCAGCGAACCGGUUGAGCCAACUCAAGUAGAGGAUGCCGCGUUGAGGUCUCUCGAUCCUAACGUAGUGAGCAGUGCUUCGGAGGAACCUCCAAACAAGCGCUCAAGACAAGCCAAAGCGUAUCAAGCCAAACAUAACUUUUUGGCAGAGUCGGGCGAAGCACCGCCUCCGAUGAACGAUGAUUCGCCGAGAUUGCCGCCUAGCACAGCUCGAGCGCAGAUGAAUCAGAGACUACAAGCAUUGAAGAACCUCCAGACUCCAGACAAGACUUCACCGAAGACACCCAAGUCAGGAUCGGUGAAAAUCAAGACUGAGCAAAUGGCAACCCCGCCCGCAAGCUCGUCACGGCCCACCUAUAAACCCUCCAGCAGUAGAGGAUCACGUAACUCAAAGUCGAAAACGCGCACGACGCCUCGCGAAGAUCUGACGCCAGAAGGUCCUGUAUGGACUAUGAGAGCUCCUGAGACGCGUACCAGUGCACGAAGGAACCGCGUACCGCCACCAAAAGAGAAAGAGCAAUGUCUCCGCGAUAAACCAGUGAGUGCGCUUAGCGUCAAGGACUUCAAGCCAAAUCCGGAAUACAACCAAGGCUACAGCUACGCAUUCUCAGAGACUGUACGCAAGCGAGGAGAUCGCAUGUGCCUCCCUGGCUGCACCAACCCGCAAUGCUGUGGCUCCACUUUCCGAACUUUUGCCCAAGUCCAAGCACCUCUUAGCUCGUCGCAAGAGGAGGAACUGCUCGAGGAUUAUCUUGGCGAUGCAUACAGCAACAUGCAGCUUACGCAGAUGUCGUCUGAAGAACGACAAGAACUUGUCCUGCAAGCCCGGACAAAGAAGUUGGCCAAGGAGUCGGGCAAGCAUCGUGAGGCGUAUGAGCGACGAAGAACACCGCCGGGCUUCUGGAGAGUCGACUUCCCGACUACGCAGGAACAGCACGAGGAUAGGGAGCGUGCCAAGGAGCAGGACAAGGCAAUCGUGCAAGAGCGCUGGUUGGAAGCGCAUAGAAGGGGUGGGAAGUGGAUCUUUAGAGAUGAAUAG